AUAAGAUAUGAGUGAACAGAAGAUUUUGGGGUGAAUUCCUCCUCCUUCUAGGGUUUUAGAAUUUUAAAGUACCUCUUUGAAUCUAAGCUAAAAUUUCUAAGCAUUGUGGAUGAAGGCACAGAGAAGCACCAAGUAAUAUCAGAGGUAUCAAAUUCCACAAUUUUCUCUCUGGGGUUUCUGUAUUACUUCAAUUCUACUCUGUUGAGUUGUAAAAAUCACCAAAAAUAAACCAUCUUUUGCUGAACAGUUGUUCAUUAAUGUGACAUUUCUAAUGUAUUUGUGUAGAAAAUGAAUCACCCAUGAAAGUUUCUUAGAAGAUUUGCAUAAGCUAGAAUUAUAUUUUGUAUUUGGUUCAGAAUCUUUUGUUGUUGCUAACUUGAGAUGCUAGUAAUUCGGAAAGUUCGAAAAAGUGCAUCUUGGAAAAUGAUAUCUCAGCUCAAUCAUCUGUUUAUUACUCCAAUUUCUGAAAAGAGUUCCACUUCUCAUAGUCCACAGAAAUUUUCAUCAUUGAAUAUUCGAUGCUUUCGUAGUGUUUCAGUCCCUGAAUUGACAACUCAGACACCCAUUUCCCCUGCUAUGAAUAAAAUAUCGCGGGUUGCAAGAACUGAUGGACAAGCAGUACUCUUUGAUUACUUGCAUUGUACAAGAGGUUUUAAUUAUGUAGAUGCUGAUCACAUUAGCAAGAACUCACCUUGUUUCCUUCAAAGCUUGCUGUCUAAGGUUGAUAAUGAUCAAGAUGUAACAAGGGCAUUGACCCGUUACUUCAGGUACCAUCCGAUUAAUGAGUUUGAGCCGUUUUUCGAGAGCUUGGGGUUGAAACAAUCUGAGGUUACAUCUAUGCUUCCACGAGAUUUGAUAUUUUUGAGUGAUGAUCAUGUCUUGAUUGAUAAUUAUCAUGUUCUUUGUUAUUAUGGAAUCCCUCGCACUAAAAUUGGGAAGAUAUAUAAGGAAGCGACUGAGAUAUUUGGAUAUGACCAUGGAGUAUUAGAUAUGAAAUUGAGGGCUCACGAGAACCUUGGUUUGAGCAGAUCAACAGUUAUAAAGUUGGUGACUUGUUCCCCUACUCUUUUGCUUGGUGAGAUGAACAGUGAACUUAUUCAGGUUCUUGAAAAACUGAAAAUUAUAGGGUUUGAAAAUGAUUGGAUGGGAAGAUAUUUAUCCAACAAGCACUCCUACAAUUGGGGUAGAAUGCUUAGCACAUUGCGUUUUCUCAAUGAAGUAGGAUAUAGUGAUGAAAAGAUGGUGACUUUGUUUCAGAUGAACCCUGCAUUCUUAUUUGAAGGCUCUGGAAAACAGAUUUAUGUAUUGGUUGGGCAAUUACUGAAGUUGGGUGUUAAAAUGAAUGACAUAUACUCACUAUUCUGUCAAAAUCCUAAUAUUCUAUCUCUGAACUGUACUAAAAAUCUUUGGCAUGCAUUGUACUUUUUAUUGGAGAUAGGAUUAGAGAUCGAAAGAAUUGCAAAUAUUGUAUCUACACAUAUACAACUUCUGGGUUCACAUUCUCUGAAGGGACCAAAGACUGUUUUGAGGGGCUUCAAGGGUGACAAGUGUCGUUUAUGUCAGACUAUAAAAGAUGACCCUUUGAAUUUGUUCAGAUUAGCUUCAAAAUCAAAAUCUAACGUGGAGAAAAUGACUUCCCAGGACCCAGGAAAAGUAUUUCAGAAAACUACUUUUUUAUUGAGAUUAGGUUACUUAGAAAAUUCAGAUGAGAUGGCAAAAGCUUUGAAGCAGUUCCGCGGACGAGGAGACCAGUUACAAGAGAGGUUUGAUUGCCUAGUAAACGCUGGUUUGGACUGCAAUGUUGUAAUUAAUAUGAUUAAACAGGCUCCCACGACACUGAACCAGGGCAAAGAUGUGCUUGAGAAGAAAAUUGUUCUACUGAAAACAUAUUAUCCAGUGGAAUCUAUUGUGUCAUUUCCAUCUUACCUCUGCUAUGAUGUGGACAGAGUCCAUAUUCGGUUUUCAAUGUAUGCAUGGCUGAAGCAAAAGGGUGCUGCAAAACCAACAUUAUCAGUGAGCACUCUUCUUGCUUGUUCAGAUGCUCGCUUUGUAAAAUAUUUUGUUGACAUACAUCCAGAAGGUCCAGCAAUGUGGGAAAGUUUAAAAAGUUAACUUCAAUCCAGCUGAUUGAUUUCAAUAUCAUUUCUGAUGAAUAAAGUUGUCAUUUUUCCCUCAAGCUGUUUUUUCAAAUCUAGUUCUAAUUGAUUAUUCAAUUUUGCA